UUCAGUCUUCAAACCUUAAAAGAAAAAAUCACCCAAAAACGUCUCAUUAAUUCGCUCCCCACAGUUCAUCUUAGAGAGAGAGAGAGAGAGAUGGCUUCGUGGAAUUCAGUUCCGCUGGAGAUCGUUUACGAAGUAUUAGGAUGGAGCUCAAUCAUAUGCUGGGGAGUCGCCGGAUAUCCACAGGUCAUUCUGAAUUUCCGGCGAAAAAGUGUUGUAGGAUUCAGCUUCGAUUACUUGAUUCUGAAUUUCACGAAGCAGUCGUCGUAUUUGAUUUACAACGUUUCUCUGUUCUUCAGCGCCGCCGUUCAGCGCCAGUACUUCGAUAAAUAUGGCUACGAUCAGAUGAUACCGGUGGCUUUGAGCGACGUGAUUUUCCCCAUUCACUCGUUGUUAUUGAUCUUCGUUUUCUCAGUUCAAAUUGCAUUUUCUGAACGUGGCAACCAGAAGCUCUCGAAGAUAGCCAUCGCCAUCUUCGCUGGAGUAUGGUUUUUUGCAGCAGCUUGCUUUUUUAUUGCUCUGCCAACCCAUUCAUGGCUCUGGCUCGUCUCCAUCUUCAAUACAAUUCAAGUUUUUAUGACAAUCAUCAAAUACUCUCCUCAGGCAUUUAUGAACUUCACCCGAAAGAGCACAGUAGGAUUCAGCAUUGGUAAUGUUGUUCUUGACUUCACUGGAGGAGUGGCAAGUUUGGCUCAAAUGAGCGUGCAGUCGAUUGACCAAGGUUCUUGGGUGAACUUCUUUGGAAAUAUAGGGAAGCCAUUGUUAGCUUUGAUCUCUAUAAUGUUUGAUCUGAUUUUCUUCUAUCAACAUUUUGUACUAUAUCAUACCAAGGCAUCAAGGAUUUCAUUUCAACUUGAUCCUGAAAGCACUGAGCCAUUGGUUAAGGACUCUGAUCACUUGAAGGGGUUGUCACAGCCAGUUGACUUUUAAUGGUAUUGCUUCCACCUCUAGCAUGGUAAAUCAGGUUUGCAAAGCCUUCCAUGCCAAUAGUUUCAUGAGGAAGUUGAAAAUAUGUUUGCUGUAUUUCCUUUACUGUAAAUAUUAGUUGUGUAUUUAUUAGCUGUCUAUAAUUAUGUUAAUAUUUACCUUUUCAGCUAUUUGCUGAUUUGUUGAUGGUCUCCCAUAUAGGAAAGACCUUGUAUUUAAUUCAAAUGUAUAGAAGAAAUAAUAUAUUAAUUUCUUCACAAAAA